GCUUCAUCAUCGAAUAUUUGGAAUAUCGUUUGAUUCCUCCUGUAAUGUUUUCAUCAAUUAACACGAUUGUACGAUAUUGGUACUUGUUGGGCACAGUGUGCUACGUGUACUUUUCGUAAAACAGUAGUUGAGCUGGUUUUGAAGAAAAACAAGUGUUUUUUGCACUUUUCAUUUGGAAAUUGAGAAAUUUGUUAUAUAUUUUUUCUUUUGGAAAAGAAAGGAUAAAAUCUAAACGAAAAUAACUGGAUUGAGAAAGUAGGUCUUUGUUGGUUUGUGAGCUUUAGACAUCUGACCCUGACUACCCAACAGUUUGUACCUCGAACCGCAAACGUAAGCAUUUUAUUUUCCUUCAUUUGAUUUUUUUUUGUUCAUUUAAUUUCCCAUGCCAACCACGGAAAUCGUCUUUAUUGUCACAUUGGUCUUGUACUUGGCCAUCACAAGAUGGAAACGUAGAAGAGAAGACUCGAUCAUCCCGGAGCCAGAACCAAAACAACCCGAAUGGAGAGAUUAUAGUCCUAUUGAACUUCAAGAAUUUAAUGGCAUUCACCGUUCCUUGGUUUUCCUUGCCAUCAAGGGCACUGUAUACAAUGUGACAAUGGGAUCCAAGUUUUAUGGACCAAAAGGCCCCUACAGUGCAUUCGGUGGACGUGAUGCAACUCGUGGUCUCGCCAAAAGUAGCUUUGAUGAUGAAUUUAUCCCAAAUGCUGAAGCAGAUGAUUUGGAUGAUUGGUCCGACUUGAAUGACGAUGAAAAGCAAACUCUCGACGAUUGGAAGGCUUUCUUUGAUCAAAAGUAUCCUGCUGUUGGUCGUCUCAUAAGUAAUAAAGAAGCUGCUGAAGCCCGUGCAAAGGCAGAGAAUGUUAUUCCUGAGAAAACUCAAAAAAAUUAAGACAACUAGCUCAGUUCAGUGCAACGUUGUUGUUUUUCUUGCCCUUGUUGUUAUGAUUUAUGUCGUAUUUCAUUCUUUUUUUCUAUUGAAAUACUUUACCUAUCCCAUAAAUAACAAAUAAAAAUAAAAACUUUGCGUGCGUCUUGUUGGAUCUAUAGCACUAUCCAAUCCAACUUUGGGUAGCCCUAUAAUAAAAUCACCAUCGUCCUAUGCAACUAGCUUGGAUUUCUCUUUUCUCGAUAAAUACAAACUUGUAAAAAAAAAAAUUCGUAAACUAUUCUCUGUCCUCUUAACUUUUUGUUUUCUAAACAUACUUACUAUACAGUUCUACUUGUUUUUUCUGAUAAGAAUCCAUCUCUUCGUUAAGAUAACUUAGUUUCGUAAACCCCACAACCCGAACCCUGGUACCAGCGUC